AGAAAAUAGAUUUACUUCCUUGAAGAUGAAAUCUAUUGCUUUGAGGUGUGAUUUUAAUGGGCAAAGAGUGUUCUAUUUGGAAAGAAAAACUGUUGACACGAGAAGGUUUCUUCAGGUUCCCGUUAAAGCACAGAUACAAACUGGCCUUAUUGGCAAAACUCCAAAGUGGUGGGAAACUGGACUGCAACCAAACAUGAAAGAAGUGGCAUCUGCACAAGACCUUGUGGACUCUCUGUUCAAUGCCGAUGAUAAACUUGUUAUACUAGAUUUCUACUCCCCUGCUUGUAUUGGCUGCAAGGCUCUUUUUCCCAAGACUUGUCAAUUGGCAAAGAUGAACCCGGGUUUGCAGUUUCUUCAGGUGAAUUAUGAGGAGCACAAAUCCAUGUGUUAUAGCCUUAAUGUCCAUGUGCUGCCCUUCUUCCAAUUCUAUCGAGGAGCUCAGGGGCGUCUAUGCCAGUUUAGCUGCACCAAUGCGACGAUCCAAAAGUUCAAGAAUGCAUUGUCCAAGAACACAAUAGAUCGAUGCAGCCUCGGGCCGGCAAAAGGUCUCGAUGAGAAGGAGCUAUUGGCAUUAGCUGUCAACAAAGACCUUUCCUUUACCUACAAACCAAAACCAGUUCAACCCAAUCCGAAUCCUGUUCCUGAAAAAGGAAGACAUCCUGGUAUCGGAAACAUGCUUAAACCCGAGAGAGAGCGAGGAGAAAACCUUGGUUGGUGUUGGGGGAUGAUGUUAGGUUUCCUUUUGAAAGACCUCGAAGGUCUUCCCCCAAAAUUGCCAUUGUAG